UUAUGGAGUAGUAAUGAUUGCAUCCUAAAAGGAAAAGGAAAAAAUCGGCAAAUUGUAAGCUAACUAAUUAACAUCAAACAAUUUUGAGAGAAAACGGAGAUAUUUAAUAAGAAAUUAUGGGAGGCAAUCGUUGCAGAUUUCGUGACUGUAAUGUAUCAACAUUAAACUGUCCUGGUAUUCACUUUUUUCGUUUUCCCAUUAAAGAACCCGAACGUUUUCAAAAGUGGCUGACAUUUUCUGGAAAUCAAGGAAUAUUUAGACUACCACCAGAAAGUAACAUAAAUCGUGUAGUGUGUGGCCGGCAUUUUCGUGAUGAAUGUUUUAUGAAUUAUAAAAAAGAUCGAAUAACGAAAACAGCACUGCCAACCAUAUGGCGGUUGAGUAAAAGUGUCGCUAUUGAUUAUGAACAGGAUAUUGAAAACGGGGUUUUUAUUGACUUGGAUCCGCCUAGUGCUUUGCACUUAAUUCCGCCAGCAGACUUCAAGUGCCCUCUUAACUUGAGCGACACCUGUAACUUGUUAAAUAAAAGGAAAUUGAUUAAAAUGAAAGAGGGAUCCAAUAAUUACAAGCACUCAUUACCGCCAAAGAAGACUGGAGACUCUGGGCCAAUAAAUAAAAAAUUUAAAAAAGCAGAUAUUAAAGCCGACUCAGGUUUACAUGUACUAGAGGAAAUCGUUUUAUGCGAAGCAACUGAAAUUAAGGAUGCUAGUGAAACAAUUUACAGUUUACAUGAAAAUGAAGGGCUAUCAGCAGAUGAAGAAACUGUUAACUAUGAAUAUGAAGUGCAUGACUAUGAUAAUGAUAUACAGUUUAUUGUCCCUACAAACAAGCAAACGGAGGAGCAACCAACAAUACAAACGCACCCCGCCAGCGAACUAGAGGCAGAACUUUUAAAAUGUAAAAGGGAAAAUGAGAAUUUAAAAAAACAAUUGCUUGAAUUAAAAAUUGAAAAAGAUAAACAAGAUCAAAAAUUGAAAACUACACAAGAUGCAUUAAAAGACAAAGAGCAACUGGCAGUGCAACGUGAUCAAUAUGCUAAAAAAUGUAAAAUAUUGAAACAAGAACUUGAAUCAAUUCAGGAUUUCUCCCGAGAGAGUCAAAAUCAAUGGUCUGACAUGGGCAGUGAAUUAAGUGAAACUAAAAAUUUAUUAGGUGAAGCACAAAGCAAAAAUGUGAAACUUCAUCAAACAAUUGAGGAGAACGACGUAUUAAUGCAAUCGUUACAGAAUAAAUGUGACAAUUUGGAAAAACAGAGAACAGAAAUUCAAACACGACACGAUGAUUUAUUAAAGGAACAUGAACGAUUAAUACAACAAUAUGAUAAAAUACAUCAAGUUACUGGUGUUACUACAUUGAAUGCGUCGCAGUCGUUUAUUAGCAACUCCGCGUCAUUAACAAAACCCCAAAUAUUCAAUGCUAUUAAACGUUAUCUUAGUUCAACAAUGGUGUCGUUAGUGCGUAUGGAGAUGUUUGGCAGUUCUGAACGAGAAUGGAAGCCAGAUGAACGUGCUGUAGCUGUUGAUAUCCUCCAAUUGGGUGAAUCUAUUUACACUUAUUUUACGGAAGAAUGGCGCUUUCGUCUACCUGCUCUACGCGAGGUACGCAGUUGGCUUAAAGGGAAGACAUUUUGCAAUGAACUUGAAGAAGAACUUUAACCAUAAGAGGAAUUUGGACCGAAUAAAUUCCUUAUGCUUUUCUUAAUUCAGUAUUCGGUGAGUUUACCUGUCCUUGUUUGUUAAAUGCAAAUCUCCAAUUUUCACUAAUCGUUUGACGAAGGCAUCCGCGUCGAGGAAACAAUAUGAAUAUGAACGCGUCCUCAUCUCUUAAUUAAUGCGUAGAUAACAUCGUUACAAGAAUUAGAGAAUAAACCCAGUCGUGAUACAUACCGACCGCGUGUCGACGAGUGAUUUAAAUUCAACAAACUUUUGAUAUUAUAAUAUUAUUGAUUUUCGAACAUAGAAUCUAAUUGCUAAAUCGAUAUAUUAAAUUAAGUAAUUCCAAGACAAUUUUUUUUUAUUUAUUUA